CGAGAAGCAGUCGCAUGCUCAGCACUCAAAAUCUCGUGCAUGUGAAAUAUUAAAUCCAGAAGAAUGCUUUUAUCUGGUAGCGGAAUCUAGACUUCAAGAACUCUUGUCGAGGUGUCCAUCUUGCGCCAACAGCAGUGCUGAGGUCACGAAAACAACAUGAGGCACGUGGCUGAAAGCAACAUCUGCUUGCUGUUGCGGCAUCCAGAGCACGUGGACAAGCCAGCCAUGGGUAGAAAACAGGCCACUGGGAAACAUCCUCCUGUGCUCAGCCAUUCUCUUUUCGGGCGUGAAUGUUGCAAAGGCGUUUCGCAUGUUUGCCAUCAUGAAGGUGGCCACCCUGACGAAGUCUCAGUAUUUCAGGACACAAAAGCAGCACCUCUUUCCUGCUGUUAAUGAUGUCUACAUGAGCAAGCAGGCAGAGCUCCUGGAUCAACUUCGUCCGGUGCCCCUGACCCUUGCUGGGGAUGGUAGAUGCGACUCACCAGGUCAUACUGCACUCUAUGGCACUUACACGCUUCUAGAGACUGCUGCCAAUCGCAUCAUCCACUUUGAGUUGGUCAAGUCAACUGAAGUGACAAGCAGCAACGCUAUGGAGGUGUAUGGCCUGCAGAAAUGCCUAGCAUUUCUUGAGGUUCAAGACAUGACGGUGGACACCUUAGUGACUGACCGCCACACCGGAAUCAAGGCCAUGUUGAGGGAUUGCUGCCCCCACAUUAAGCACCGAUUCGAUGUGUGGCACGUCACUAAGGGAAUCAAGAAGAAACUUCUAGGACUUGGGCGCUCUGCGAGGCAUCAGGUUGUGCGGCUUUGGAUCGAGAGCCUUAUAAGACAUGCAUACUGGUGCCCGAGAACAAGUGGAGAUGACUGUGACCUUUGCCUGGCAAAGUGGGUGUCGGCAGCGAACCACAUUGUCGAUAUUCAUGAACAUGAUGAUCCACUCUACCCUGUGUGUUACCAUGGCAGUGUGUCUGAACCACGUGAAUGGCUGAGAGAAGAGAGCGAGACCUACAGAAGGGUCAGAGACAUCUUGAUGGCCCCUGCCCUCCUCAAGGACAUCCCAAUGCUUUCUUCUGGGCAUCAGACGUACGGGCUAGAGGCAUUUCACAGCCUAAUGAUUCACUUUGUGCCUAAGUCCUACUCAUUUUCUGAUGAGGGAAUGCUGGCCAGGACACAACUGGCUAUCCUUCAUUAUAAUGAGAAUGCUGACCGGACACAAGUGGAGGAGGAUGGUUCCAAGCAGUACCGCCUGAAAGCCUCCAAGAUAAAGAAGACAUGGCUGCCUGUACCCGUGAAGGAAGCUGCUACUUACAAUUAUACCUCUGAACUGAUCACUGAGGUCUUCAGUCGUAUACGUGAGCAUCGAAAGCCAUCAGCAGCUAUGGAGACACUGCCACCACGUUCUUCCAUGUAUGGGGAAAGGCCAGUUCUUGCUCAAGCUGUGGAGCAACACCAAAAGAGUGUGCCUUCGACAGACAUGGAAAAUUCUGGAAGUAACAAGAAUCCUAUAAGGUUGCAUCCUAUAAGGCUCAGCACCGUCUACACGCAAGGGGAGCUAAGUAUUUUCCCACCAUCUUGCUUUACUGGUGUUACAGAAAAAAGUGGAAAUCAAGGUUGAUACUUUUUGUAAUGACGUCACAAGUGACACAUUCCCAGAUGAGAAAUGUCUGCAGUCUCAAGUGGUUUAUGAAACAUUUUCCUCUUGCAAACAACUUAUGUAGUACGAAUGAGGGAAGAGCCGGUGGAUGAGAGCUGCCAAUAUUUUAAACAGAGACUGCUCUUUUUGGCACAAUCUACAUCCUUGCCAUGGCACAUAAAAAUAGGUCAACAAAUGCUGUUUUCAGGAAUUUUUUUCUUUUUGUUUUUUGUAUUGUUGGCCAGCAGGUCGGUGGAUAGGACAGAUCUUUUCAAACUUUAAUGACAUAGGUGCUUUGUUAGAGUGUGCUGGUGGAUUAUGUCAAGGAACGUUUCUUUACCACAGAGCCGUUACAGAGAUACGAAGGUUAAAAUGAAAAGUAACAACCACAGGAUAAGACCAAGUGAACAAGUGGACAUAGACGAACAUUUCAAAUGAGGAGGGCAGGGGUUACUCUGAGAAGUGUCUAGAGCAUGUGAGUUUUAUUUUUAUAAUACAUGUAUGUAACACACAAUUGUGGCAUGCAGUUUAAGGGGCACUAAAAUGCAAAAACAAGUUCACUUCAAAUUACGUUACACGCUAUGUUAACGUCGGUCUUGUUUUCGUAAUUGAAAACUUUGAUCUUGUUACGAAGCUACAAUCAGAGUUAUACCGAACUCUUUCUUGAAAAAUGCAAAACUGGAAAGCUGAUGUACGUUGAAAGGCAGAAAAAUAAUUCGUAGGAAGACAUGAUAGUGUUUUAUUUCCAACGUGUUUUUAGGGUGCCUUGUGGCUUGUUAAUGCUGAGCUAGUGAAUAGCGUUAGAUCUUUAUAUGAGAUGUGACACCCUAUCACAUGUGGACCUUCACUCGGUGUCCUGUAUGCAUAGCUUAAUGGUGUGAAUAUGGUAACCAGGGAGGUUACAUUGUUCUCACGUCCUGUGACGUUUGGUGACAGCACCUUUACAGGUGGCGUGAUAUGCAGCUGCAUAAAGAA